GUUUGCAGAGGUUUUGAAUAUAUUAAGGGGGGCUAUACAAUACCCUCAAAUUCGUGAUAAGUAUUAAAUUCAACAUCUACAAAUAUCCUUUGCUUUCACUCACAUAAUGACUGAUGAACACAAAUAUAGCGAUCCAGAGGAAGAUGAAGAAGACUUAAAAGCUUCUGAGUGGAUUCAUGACUUUAAAUCCCUUACAGUGAAGGAUGACAUUUUCAAGAAUAUUAAACUUGACGAAAAAGAUGCUAGCGACGAACUUAGCCAGAAAGUUAUAGAGAGUGCAAUUUCAAGCGAAGAAACGGAUUCAGACUAUGCUGAUGAAGAUGAAGACGAUGCCUUUGAUGUUGGUGACGACUACGAUGCCUACGAGGAAUCCUACAGUGGUUUCAACAAGCACAACGCUCAACCACAGCUAACUACAACUGGUAGUAACAGCAUUGGGAGCGGGUCUGGAGGCGGCACGCAGCGCGUGAGCAGUUACCAGCCCAAUGAGAAAGUACUGCGUCGCUAUUCGGCACGCAUAAAUGUGGAGAAGUAUGAUCCAAACACCAAUAUGAGCGCACAGGCAGCCAACCGACUGGUGAGCUUUGAUCGUCGUCAGGAGACGGAGCGAGUACGAGUGCGUGAUAAGCAUGAUCGAGCAACGGCAGAACAGGUUAUGGAUCCACGCACAAGAAUGAUACUAUUCAAGCUGCUUAACCGUGGUCUCAUUCAAGAAAUCAAUGGCUGCAUAUCCACCGGAAAGGAGGCUAACGUCUACCAUGCAGUGUCUAAGAAUGGGGAAGAUGAGUACGCCAUUAAAAUCUACAAGACCUCUAUACUUGUGUUCAAGGAUCGCGACAAGUAUGUCUCAGGCGAAUUUCGCUUCCGUCAUGGCUACUGCAAACACAAUCCUCGAAAGAUGGUGCGCACCUGGGCCGAGAAGGAAAUGCGCAACUAUCUGCGCAUGCGCAAUGCUGGCGUACCCGUUCCCGAGCCCAUUCUGCUGCGCUCGCAUGUGCUGGUCAUGCGCUUCUGCGGUCGCGAUGGCUGGCCGGCGCCAAAGCUAAAAGAUGUGGAACUCAGCACUUCAAAGGCACGUGAGCUGUACCGCGACUGCGUGGUGAUCAUGUGGCGCAUUUACAAUCAAUGCCGACUGGUGCACGCGGAUCUUUCAGAAUUCAAUAUACUGUUCCAAGACGGCCAGCUGGUGAUAAUUGAUGUCAGCCAGGCGGUCGAACACGAUCAUCCACACGCGUUCGACUUUUUACGCAAAGACUGCACCAACAUAUCCGAGUUCUUCCGCAAAAAGGCAGUGGCCACCAUGACGGUGAAGGAGCUGUUCGACUUCAUCACAGACCAAACCAUAAACGAGCAGAAUAUGGAGGAAUGCUUGGAACGUAUUUCAGAGCGUAUCAAAGAUCGGGAUUUUGAUGCCAUCACUGCGCAAGAAAAGAUCGACGAGGCUGUUUGGCAAAACACCUACAUUCCCAAACGCCUCGAUGAGGUGCCCCAUUUUGAGCGUGAUGUGGCGAAAGCCAAGCAGGGUGUCCAGCAAGAUCUUGUAUAUGCGAAAAUCACAGGUCUAAACUCAGCUUUAGAUGUGCAGAAGAAACCAGAUAUUUUGGAUGCAGAAAAUAAAACUGCGGAAAGUGAGCAGCAGUCGAGUGAGAACGAAAGCGAUUCCCAGGACGAAGAUGAAACGUCGAAGUUUAAAAACUCGGCGCGGCCACGUGACGAAUCCCCAGACAGCAAAAAGGCACGUAAGAAAGCGGUUAAGGAUGCCAAGGCCGAACAGCGAAAGGUCAAAGUAAAAAAGCAUGUGAAGAAACGCAAGGAAAAACUUGGCACCAUGAAAAAAUAAUGCAACUUCUAAUCGAAACUUUUAUUUUUACCCUAAUAUCUCCAAUGUAAAUUAAAUUGCAAAUCG